GCCCUAGGCUAGACGGUUUUGUUUAUAAUAGUCGCUCUAUUGGAAAAACCCAGAUUUUUGUUUCAAGAAGUGGAACUCUUUGGUAGUGGCUCAAAUCGGACUUUAAAUUUUAUUUUUUUCAGUGUGAUUUCAGGGUGUUUCCACACGCUACAAAUUAAACAAGUACAGUAUCAACUUUAUAAGGACAGGGAGGAAAGACCUCUUAGAAGCACCUGUAUUCAAAAUGUCCGGAAACAUUCCGAUUGAGGCCAUUAACACUUUUGUGGUGUGUCCAGUUUGUAAAGAACCAUAUGAUGUAAAUGUUCAUCGUCCAAAAAUUCUUCAAUGCAAACGGAAUUCCACACACACCAUAUGUAUCAUCUGCCUUAAGACACUCAUCAGGAUGUGUAGUGAUGAUGAUGAAAGGGAUACAUUCAACUGCCCAAUUUGCAGAGAGGAACAUCAACUACCUCCAAGUAACAUUGAUGCCAAUGAUCACUUUAUUGACAACAGCGAUCUAUUCAGACUAAGUGAUGUCCUUCAAGAUCAAAGUGUGCAGAAAGAUAGUAGUCAAAUAAAAUGUCAGUUUUGUGAUGUUGCUAAUGCUGAUUGGUGGUGUGAUAAUUGUUCAAUGGGGAUUUGUAAAGCCUGCCGUGGGAUUCAUGAUCGCCUUCCCAUGAUUCUGCAUAAACUAAUUCCUGUACUUGAAGUUGACUGGCAAAAUGUAAAAAAGAAAGACUUCUGCAAGCAGCACAGAAAAGAGAUUAUCAAGGUUUGCUUUUGUACUACAAACAAAAUGUCAUACUUGUGUAAGAUAUGCACAGAUGAUCAUAAAGGCCAUGAUUUUAAAGAUUUGAUAACAGUAGCUACAACCAGGUUGAGUGCAGUUAAGAAACUGUAUGAAAAGGCUGUGGAAAGAAACAGACAAGAUCUUGAUUGUAAACAAUCAUUAGAUGCUACUAAAAAAGUGUUAGCAAGCAACAUCUGUGCUGUAGAAUCAAAGCUUUUAGCAUGCCAGGAUCACCACAUGAAGAUUAUGCAGAUGCAACAUGAAAAAGAGAGAAAAGAGCUAAGUGAUAUCAAAGAAAACCGUACAAGUUUUUUAGAUAAUGAAUCAGAGAAAAAUGAACAGAGAUGUUGCACUUUUGACAACAUCAGAACUAAAUAUGAAGCAUUACUGCAAACUUCAUCGGUUAAUACUUUAAAAGAUAUUGAUUAUGUCGAGGAUGCUUUAAAUAUGUAUCUGACAAGUAUGUGUAGAACUGCAGCAGACACAAAUGCAUAUUUGGAAAUUCUGUUAUUCCAAAAUGAUAGUAAAUUCAAAGAGAUGUUACAGGAAACAUUGAAAAUAAAAACCAUGCCAAAUGAUCUAAAGGUGUAUAUUCCAGAUGUGGCCUUCCAAGACCAUGAGUUUAAACUGGUUAUUCAAACAUUUUCUGAGAAUAGACAAAUUUGCAGAGUUGGUGGCCUCCCUGUAAAGGUUUUUGUUGAAUCCUCUUGCUGUGAUUUCAAAGAAAUGCUCUACCCAUUAUCAUCAACUGGUGAAAGAGGUACGCCGGGAAUGUAUGUUGUUCCUUUUGUACCAAAAUUCAAAGGUGAAUGUAAACUUCAUGUUUUUGCAGAAGAAAAAUCUACAACAUUAAGACACAGUACCCGUAUGUCUGUCCAUCAGAUUGAUAUAUCUUUUAAUAAAGUAGUUCUUUGUGACAAACUUUGUGAAAUAUAUGCAUGUUUCAGGGAUGAUAUAGAUCCAGAUGUUGUGGAGAGGCUCAAUGUACUGUGCCAAGACGAAGCUGGUAAAAUCUUGGAAUCUGAAGUUACAUAUCGUGAUAGUAAGAAGUUAAUUGCUAAAUUUAAACCAAAUUACCUUGGGAAAAAAAAUAUCUUUAUUACUGUUAAUAACAUAAAAAUAGCCGGACCAUUUGUAACUGCUGUUUGGGAAGAAUGCAAAGGAUACUUGAGUGAUUCACAAGUCAAUGAAAUAACAGAUAUAAUAUCUGAAGGCAAUAGUCCAUAUUUUUCUUAUCUUACUGAUGACACUGGCAACACUUAUCCUAACAUGUCAUUCAUUGGUUUUGAUGGAGAAACUCACUUUGUCCUUAAAAAUACUGUGAGGCAAGAGAAAAUAACUUCCUCUGAAAACAGACUUGCAAGAAAAACAGAUUUAACAGGUUUAUUUUCUGCAGGUGAAAAGGAUUAUAUUUUGAAUCAUGUAAAAAAUGCUGCAGGUUUUGCUAUUAGUCCAUGUGGUGAGUUCGCAGUAUCAGAUUAUGAAGAACAUUGCAUACUCAUAUAUCGAACCCCUAAGCAUUUUGGAGACAGCCAAAAAAGCCUUGAACCACUCAGAUGGAUUGGAGAGGAAGGACGACAAUGGGGUAAAUUUAAGAAUCCAACCACUUUGCGAAUAAACACUGAUGGGAGUAAGUUAUAUGUUUGUGACAGUGGUAAUGGUCGAAUUCAAGAGCUUGACAUGAAUGGCAAUCCAUUGAAUGUUUUUGGCCCAGAAAUUCUUAGACUCUAUACACCAGAAGCAAUCUCUAUAUCACUAGAAGGAUACCUACUUAUCCUUGACAAGCAUAAGUUAGUUACCUUCAAUGUGAAUUCUUGUACACGAAGAAUUAUUUAUCAAGUAGAGAUUUGUUGUAAUGAAAGUAUAUGCAAUUUCAAUCAUCUCAUUUGUUGCAUAUCACAAGGCAAAUUUGUACACCUUUGUCGUAAAAAUAAUUCUCUACGUAUAUUUAAGUACAGACCAAUGGAGGAAGUACAGGUAUAAAUUAACAUUCCAUAAAAUAUGGCCACUUUUACAAUACAUUUGCAGUGUGUGCCUUUUUGCUUGAUAGGCUCAUUUUGAUAUAUAUUUGUCAAGUGUGUAUGAUAUCAGUUGUUAUACAUAUUGACCGCUCUAGAUUUGGAAAGCAUCAUGUGUGACACUCGUUGGAAGUAACACGCACCUAAAAUUUUAGGUUUGUUGUAACAUUACUUUUUGUAUUAAUAUAACUAUCGUUAUUAUUAUUGUAGUACUGUACAAAAACAUCAAGAAGCGACUCCAGUACACAAGCUCAGCAGAGCCUUAAAUGGAUGAACUUAGACCAAAGAGUGCUCAUAAAUGAGGCCAUCACUAUGUAUAAGAUAAUGAAUACGGUAACCUCGCACCUCCUUAUUUAUGCAACAAAUUUAUUAUCAGAGAUAACUAUUACAAUAUUAGAAGUAAACCAAAAUUAUUAUUACCAAAAGUAAGAACUGACUAUAAGAAAAGAAACUUUAUAGGGGUGCAAAAAUCUUGAAGGAUAAUAGUGAAGACCUAAAAAAUGUUAUUAAUGUCAAUUUAUAAUGUAAAAAAAAAUGUUUAUUGCUACCAUGUACAGUGUAAACACAAUUUGUUCAUCCAUUGUGAUAUUGUAUUUCUGUAUAUUAGCUUAUGAUUUUUAGUUUAGUUUUUAAUUUCUGUUUGUACCUUUUGGUAAUUUUGUUAUUUUAUCAUGUAGAUGGGUGACAGGCAUUUUGUAACCUGGAUGUUUCAUGGCGCUAUACUGGACAUUCCAUAACCAUGGCAUUUCAGGUCUAAAAAUGUCCAGGUUGCGAGGUACCAGUGGUGGAGUCGCUGGGGGUCUGGUUACAAAAUGUCAACAUUUCCAUAUCGAAUAAUAGUUGUAUUAAUUGAAUUGGUUUUCUUUAAGUUGUUCAAUUAACUAAAUGGUAUGUUAAUUUAAAUUUCUUAAUUUUUUGCUUCUCAUUCAUGGACUUGUAGAAGAAUAUUUUUUGGUUGUUUAUCAUGCUAUUGCUUCCAUUGUUUUUAUUUUUGCUAAUGUUGAAGUUGCCUUAAUAUUGUAAAUAUUUUAAAAUAUAUUAUAUUCAUUUCUUUUUUAUUACAGUAGUACCAGGCCUUCCUUAUAAAGCAGUGCUAGUCACUAAAAAUACUGUUAGUAAAAAUGGAUGAUCAAAUAGUAAUAAUUAAACUUUAAAGUGACUGAUUAGGCCACUCUAGUAAAAACAAAAUUCAUAUUUAAAUUUAGAAUUUAAGUAUAUGUCUGUCUGCUGCUGCUAA